UCGAAAGUUGGUGGUUCAGAGGUGAAAGUGUGGGUAAUGUAUGGAGGUUCCAGAAACUAGAUUGCGUGGUGGCUAGCUAAGUGAAUCUCAUUUUAAUUAUUCGGCUUUAGACUUUUUUUUUUAGUAACAGAAUAUGACUUCGAAAAAUGAGGAUGCGUCAAAAUGUGAAUUGUUGAAUUUGAUUUAUCGACAUUUGAAGGAGAGCGGUCACAAGAAAGCUGCAAGUGAACUCAAAAAACAUGCUACACAGGUGCAGAGUGGACCGGUAGGAGGAACUGCGUCACUAUAUGACAUCUACAACAGCUGGAUCAACUCGCCAGAGAAGAGCAUCAAAGCGGCACCGAAGGCCAAUCAGAAACCUGGGAAGAAGGUUCGUCAAGCGGAUCCAGAGAGCAGCUCGGAGAGCUCAGAGGACGAUUCUGACCCGAAGACGUCCAAACCGGGCACCCAGACCUCCAGCGCCCCUGGUGAGCCUGCGUCUGCCCCAAAGCCUGCUGGUCCCGCUGCAGCUGCUGGGACGGCCGCCAGCAGCUCCGAGACUGAGAGCAGCGACGAGUCGUCCGAGGAUGAAGGAGGAGGAGGAGGAGGAGGAGCGUCACGGCAAAAAAAUGAUGUGGGGAAGCCCAAAGCCAGCUCUUUGCCUGCCGCUGUGGUGAAGAGCAAACCAGCAGCAGCAAAGCCUCAGACUGCAGAGAGCUCCAGCGGUGACAGUGACUCAGACAGUGAAAAUGAGAUCCCCCCUACACAGAGGCCUGCUGUUGUCCUGCAGGGAGGGGUCAGUAGUCCCUCAGCGGGGGCAGCGGUGGCAGGAGGGGGUGACAGGACAGACAGCGAGAGUGAGGACUCAGGCAGUGAGACCCCAGUGCUGGACACCGCCCCAAAACCGAGCAUUAAACCCACAGUGGUGGCACAACAGAAGGCUGGGGGCGGGGCAACCCCUAACCAACCCAAAGCCACGCCCAAAGCCUCAGCCCCAGCAGAGGAAGAGGAGAGCGACAGCUCGGACUCCUCAGACAGUGAGGAAGAGGCCGCAGCAAAGGCGGUCCCAGCCAAGGCAGCCCCCGCAACCCCAGUGAAGCCCAGCCAGCCCCCCUCCAGCCUGGCUAAAGCUGCAGCCAAGAGCCCUGCUGCAGGGAAGCAGGCCCAGAGCUCGGACAGCAACAGCAGCGACGACUCGGAGAGCGAAGAGGAGACGCCAGCACAGAAGGCAGUGCCAGUCACUCCAGUGAAAUCAGGAGGUUCAAAGACUCCUAACAAGACCCUGCCUACAUCCAAAGCCAUGCCCAAGGCCUCAGCCCCAGCAGAGGAAGAGGAGAGCGACAGCUCGGACUCGUCAGACAGUGAGGAAGAGGCCGCAGCAAAGGCGGUCCCAGCCAAGGCAGCCCCUGCAACCCCAGUGAAGCCCAGCCAGCCCCCCUCCAGCCUGGCUAAAGCUGCAGCCAAGAGCCCUGCUGCAGGGAAGCAGGCCCAGAGCUCGGACAGCGACAGCAGCGACGACUCAGAGAGCGAAGAGGAGACGCCAGCACAGAAGGCAGUGCCAGUCACUCCAGUAAAAUCAGGGGCUUCCAAGUCUCCUAACAAGACCCAGGCCACACCCAAAGCCACGCCCAAAGCCUCAGCCCCAGCAGAGGAAGAGGAGAGCGACAGCUCGGACUCGUCAGACAGUGAGGAAGAGGCCGCAGCAAAGGCGGUCCCAGCCAAGGCAGCCGCCGCAACCCCAGUGAAGCCCAGCCAGCCCCCCUCCAGCCUGGCUAAAGCUGCAGCCAAGAGCCCUGCUGCAGGGAAGCAGGCCCAGAGCUCGGACAGCGACAGCAGCGACGACUCAGAGAGCGAAGAGGAGACGCCAGCACAGAAGGCAGUGCCAGUCACUCCAGUAAAAUCAGGGGCUUCCAAGUCUCCUAACAAGACCCAGGCCACACCCAAAGCCACGCCCAAAGCCUCAGCCCCAGCAGAGGAAGAGGAGAGCGACAGCUCGGACUCGUCAGACAGUGAGGAAGAGGCCGCAGCAAAGGCGGUCCCAGCCAAGGCAGCCGCCGCAACCCCAGUGAAGCCCAGCCAACCCCCCUCCAGCCUGGCUAAAGCUGCAGCCAAGAGCCCUGCUGCAGGGAAGCAGGCCCAGAGCUCGGACAGCGACAGCAGCGACAGCAGCGACAGCAGCGACGACUCGGAGAGCGAAGAGGAGACGCCAGCACAGAAGGCAGUGCCAGCCACUCCAGUAAAAUCAGGAGCUUCAAAGACUCCUAACAAGACCCUGCCUACACCCAAGGCCACGCCCAAAGCCUCAGCCCCAGCAGAGGAAGAGGAGAGCGACAGCUCGGACUCGUCAGACAGUGAGGAAGAGGCCACAGCAAAGGCGGUCCCAGCCAAGGCAGCCCCCGCAACCCCAGUGAAGCCCAGCCAGCCCCCCUCCAGCCUGGCUAAAGCUGCAGCCAAGAGCCCUGCUGCAGGGAAGCAGGCCCAGAGCUCGGACAGCGACAGCAGCGACAGCAGCGACGACUCGGAGAGCGAAGAGGAGACGCCAGCACAGAAGGCAGUGCCAGUCACUCCAGUGAAAUCAGGGGCUUCAAAGACUCCUAAAAAGGCCCUGCCUACACCCAAGGCCACACCCAAGGCCUCAGCCCCAGCAGAGGAAGAGGAGAGUGACAGCUCUGACUCGUCAGACAGUGAGGAAGAGGCCGCAGCCCCGCAGAAGUCUGCAGUGACUUCCAAGUCCAGCGUGCUGCCAGUCAAGCAGAAGGCCACACCCACAGCCACCCCUAAAGCCCUCGGGCCUUCACAUGAGGAAGGGGACAGCAGCAGCAGCAGCAGCAGCAGCAGUGCGGAUUCCGACAGUGAAGAGGAGACUCCGGAUUCUACAGCACCCCCUAGUGCUUCAGCUGUCCCGCCCACCACUGUGUCAGAGAGCUCGGAUGACACCAGCUCCAGCGAAGAGGAGGCGUCCCAGUCUCUCUUAGCUCCCCGGACCCCCCCAGCCAAGCCCCCGCAGCAGAGCAAGACACCCGCCGAGAAGAAGGGGAGGAAGAAGAAAGCUCCCGCGCCGCCCAAGGAUAAGAACGGAAUUCCCAGAACUCCACUGGCCUCGGACGGGAUGAGGAACAGCAUUCCCAGCGUUCUCGCCGCGAGCGAAUCGAGCUCCGACAGCACGGACAUCGAGCGGAAUGACCCGAAACAACAGCCCUCUAAAGCUGUGCCCGCUUCCAAGAGAAAGACUGGGUCUGUCAGUGACAGGAUGGCCUCAGAGAAGUCACAGUCGUCUUCAGCAAAACUGCUUCCCCAAGUGGCUGAACUCCUUGCCCUCAAAACGGCACCACAGAAGAGGAAGAGGAGCAAGGAGAAAACGGAGACCCCGUCUGCCAAGAGCAAGAGCAAGAGGAAGAAAGUGGCCCCUGCACUGCCAGAACCCGUAAACAGCAAGAAAAAGGUCCCGGUGCAGUCUCCUUCCGCUCCACCAGGGGGAGACUCUGAGUCAGACUCUGACAGCAGUCUGGAUUUGGAGAAGUGGAGGCAGCUAGCACAAAAACUCUCAGAUGCGGACAUCGCAAAGAUGGAGGAGAUUGCCAUCUACACCGCACAGGCCCUGUCAGCCAAGUCGCCAAAGGAGAAGGGAAAGGCUAAGGCCAGAACGAAAAAGGAGAAGGCGGUGGAGAACGGGAAGGGCAAGGACACGCCCAAAAAAGCCAGGACAGCAGCCAGCAAGUCAAAGAAGGCCCCGCCCACUGCAUCAGACAACCAGCCGUCAUCCAGCGCCGACAGCCAAUCAGGAUCCUCGCACAAGAGCGGAGCCCUGGAUGUCCCACCCACCACCAAGAAGGCCAGGUCUGGCAAGCGGUCAGUGUCCACCAUUACCCCCCCCAGCCUGGACAGCCAACAGCCGUCCAAGAAGAGGAGCAAGUCGGAGGCCAAGAGCGCUGUGGAAAAAAGCUCCGCCCUGAAUCUGCCUGGCAACAAAAAGGCUGAAGUGAAGGACAAAGGGAAGAAGAAAAAGGAGAAGAAGGAGAAAAAGAAGAAAUCAAAAGAGAAGGCCGCAGACCCCGUUGUGGCAGCCAUAAACUUGAAAGAGAAGAAAAAAAAAAAGCACAAGUUGAAAAAAGAGAAAAAGGCCAAGGAUUCUCCUCUCAAGAAGACCCUGCUCGGCCUGGAUUUAGCAGCUACGGAAGCCUCCCCAAAGAACAAGCACAAGUCCUCCAAGACGUAGCCCAUUGGCACACACCGGUUCCAUCAGGCGGAAGUCUUACCUGUCUUACCUUGCGCAGGUGAAGAGUGGAGACAUGGCCCCGUGCGACACAGGCCCCCAGGGGCUCUUCCAGCCCAGAGGAAUAGGAAGCUUCUUUUUUAACAUUUACAUAAUCAGCAGGUCCUUGUCAAUUGUUUUUUUCUGUUGAGGAAGAUCAUAUUUUUAUUUUUGAUUUUUAUAACCAUGGACUUCAUAAUACUGUAUUUCUGUACGUCCGUAUUCUGUAUGUGAUGUUUUAAAUUUUUUUAAUUUAAGUUUUUACUGUACUGGGGAUGAUUCAUUAGUGGUACGAGAUGCCGGAAACCAGGAUUUCAGAGAAACCAGUUUCGCUGCAGUGCUCGUUUUUAAAAAAAAAAAAGGUUUCUGUUGAAAUCACGGUAUAUGAACUGACGUCCAUUUUGCAUUUUACACGCAAAGCCAGUGCGUUGGCAGCAUAAAAUUACUUCCUAUGGCUCAAGCUGGGUCUCCAGUGAAGUCAAGGGAUUCCCUGUAACACUGGCAACCGGAAUGCAUUUGAAGUGGAGGAGCAGAGAGCUGCACUAAAGAUGAAUAAAAAAUUACUCGGUGUUCUGGCGCCCAGGAAUUAUGUUUACAAUAUUUCUGUCAAAUAACUGUGGAUAAAACAUUUGUCAAUGUUUGUAUAAGAUAUAUUUUAUUAAAUAAUUUUCCACGCUUUA